UGUGUUCAUGGACGUGAUCUCCAUUACAGGCCAGACUCGCAGACUCCUAUUGAGGAGACAGUCAGGGCAAUGAAUUAUGUGAUUGAUAAGGGUUGGGCAUUUUAUUGGGGGACAAGUGAGUGGUCUGCACAACAGAUUACUGAAGCAUGGGGAGUAGCAGAGAGGUUGGACUUGGUAGGCCCAAUCGUGGAGCAGCCUGAGUAUAACUUAUUGACCAGGCACAAGGUUGAAUCUGAGUACCUUCCUCUGUACACCAACUAUGGCCUAGGUCUUACCACAUGGAGUCCACUUGCAUCUGGAGUUCUUGCUGGAAAAUACAGCAAAGGAAUGAUACCAGUUGAUAGUCGGUUUGCAUUAGAAAAUUUCAAAAAUCUUGCUAACCGAUCACUAGUUGAUGAUGUGCUGAAGAAAGUUAAUGGACUGAAGCCAAUUGCAGAUGAACUUGGUGUACCUUUAGCUCAGCUUGCAUUUGCAUGGUGUGCUGCAAAUCCAAAUGUAUCAUCAGUUAUUACUGGUGCUACAAAGGAAUCUCAGAUUCAAGAGAACAUGAAGGCACUCAAUGUAAUCCCAUUACUGACUCCUGCAAUUAUGGAGAAGAUUGAGGCUGUUGUUCAAAGCAAGCCAAAGCGACCAGAUUCAUAUAGGUAG